AUGCCGUUCCACCCGGUGACGGCGGCUUUGAUGUACCGGGGGAUCUACACCGUCCCCAACAUCCUCGCCGAGCAGCGCCCCGUGGAGAUCCCCGAGGACGAGCUGGAGGAGAUCCGUGAAGCCUUCAAGGUGUUCGACCGCGAUGGCAAUGGCUUCAUCUCCAAGCAGGAGCUGGGCACGGCCAUGCGCUCCCUGGGGUACAUGCCCAACGAAGUGGAGCUGGAAGUCAUCAUCCAGCGCCUCGACAUGGACGGUGAUGGGCAGGUGGACUUUGAGGAGUUCGUGACACUGCUGGGGCCCAAGCUGUCCACGUCCGGCAUUCCCGAGAAGUUCCAUGGCACCGAUUUCGACACCGUGUUCUGGAAGUGUGACAUGCAGAAGCUGACGGUGGACGAGCUGAAGCGGCUCCUGUACGAGACCUUCUGCGAGCACCUCUCCAUGAAGGACAUCGAGAACAUCAUCAUGACGGAGGAGGAGAGCCACAUGGGCACGGCCGAGGAGUGCCCGGUGGAUGUGGAGACCUGCUCCAGCCAGCAGAUCCGCCAGACCUGUGUGCGCAAGAGCCUCAUCUGCGCCUUCGCCAUCGCCUUCAUCAUCAGCGUGAUGCUCAUCGCUGCCAACCAGGUGCUGCGCAGCGGCAUGAAGUAAUGGGAGCUCAGUCCCUAUGGAAUCAGACAUGAACAGCCCCCCCACCCCCGGGAUGGGGAUAAGGCUGAGGGGGAAGCCCCGCACGGGGUCCCCGGGGCGAUGCGAUCGCAUGGCUGCAGAACAUGGAACCUUGGGACAGACACAAACCCACACACACAGACCCCAACCAAGCAUGUACCGUGCAUGGAGCCCCGUGUGCUGCCCCCUCCCCGGGCGGAGGAUCCCGUCGGAUGCACCGAUGCUGUCGUCUAUAGCUCUAUAUUUAUGAUCAAAACCAAAACCAUCCCUUAAGCAAUACACGCGCCUCAGAUGGUCCCUAGGGAUGGGGGUGUUUGCAUGGACUUUGGCUGCCAAGGGCUGGAAUUCCCACCCCGUCCCCUGUCCUGGCCCAGUGCCGUGCCUCAGUUUCCCCACCUGCCAGACUGGGGGAACUCCGGUGACCUCCUGCUUGAUGCACUUUAGGCCGAAUUCCCUCGGGAAGAGCCAGAGCGACCCUGAGGCUGGGAGCCCUCAAUGGCCAGGGUCACCCACCCUGCACCCCCAGGACCCCCCAGCCUGUAUGUAGCACCCCUGGGCACGGGCCUGGCUGGGAUCUGGGGCUGUUCCUCC